CUAGAACUUCAUCCGUGUUCAUCAAAACAGUGGAUAAAAUCAUUUGCUUAAAGCCGUGUCUACAAUCAGCAACAAUUUCACCUCCAACUUUUCUAAUCAUUUCAUGGACCUGAGAUAUGCCCUUGAACCUUUCUGCAUAAACAGGUGACAGGAUCUGUCAGACUAAACCAUCGCCCUGAACUCUAUAACAGCAAGAGAAACUGCCUGCAAAAAAUUUGAGAAUAUUUUCGAUAUCCUGUAUUACUGUCACUUGAAAUUCAUCUGGAUCAAGGCUUAUAGAAGUGAUCGAUUGUUUUUCAAUUCAUGGAAUGUUUUUUUGAGCUAAACAGAUAUUUUAUCACGUUUUUCCUAUUUUCACCUGUCAACUGGAUCAAGGGGAAAUGGACUAUUUACCUUUUUGGUUGUUUGAGAUAACUAGAACAAAUUUAGGAAACAUAUUUCCAUUAGCUAUAAUUCUAGGCCGUCAAAAAAGCAAAUGAACGUUUAAUGAUUUCUGAUUUACACAAAACAUUUUUUGUUUUUUGUUUGGAAUUAAGUAAAUUAUAUUCUGAUACGAAUUCAAGAUUGAACUCUAAAUUGGCAUUUAAAUAAAUAAAAUAUUUUCACUUUCCUUAAUUUUUGGAUUUCUAUUCUGAGACAAUCCAGAAAUCCCAUAUUUCCCUUUUUUUUUUGACUGGGCAUGCAAAAUAAGAAUAUUUUGAUGAUGAUUUUUUAGGAGUUUGUGAGUGUAAAUAAGAUACAGUCUCUGAGAUUACGGAUCACCUUGGGUGAAGAUUAAAGACAUUGAAGAUGCCCAGAGCAUUUCUGGUGAAGAAGUCCAGUUUGACAUCAGGAAAGAGGAAAUGGGGAGAAGUACCAGAUGAGAAUAGAGGAGACAUGUUUAUUCCAGCAGUGACUGUGGGAUAUGUGACUCGAGAUGAGAUUGAACCUGCGUGUGACCGAGAGGUGGCUCUUGAUUUGUCUCUUCAUCACAUUCGUUGUAUGACAGAGCCUUCCUCAUACCAUGUAACAGAAGAAAAGGAAGUACGGGAACAUGGAUUUCAAGACCAUGGACAAUCUCUUCAGGCUGAACAGAAGAUGCUUUUCCGUUGCACUCUUUGUGACAAGAGCUUCACAUACCAGCGGAUGCUAAACCGUCACAUGAAAUGUCACAGUGAAGUCAAAAGGCAUCAAUGUGAACAUUGCGGCAAAGGAUUUAAUGACACCUUUGACUUGAAGAGACAUGUGCGCACUCACACAGGUGUUCGCCCAUAUAAAUGCCACCUCUGUGACAAGGCCUUCACUCAGCGUUGCUCACUGGAGUCACACUUGAAGAAAAUCCAUGGGGUGCAGCAGAACUAUGCUUAUAAAGAACGGCGGACCAAGCUGUAUGUGUGUGAGGAUUGUGGCUACACUGCUGACAGCCAGGAGAGCCACAUCCAUCAUUUGCAAGAACAGCAUCCCCACAGUCCCCUAAUCCCACGUGCUACAAAAAAACUCACCAUGACCCUACAGACCACAGUAAACUCUCUGAUACAAGGAGGUCAUCUCAUCUGAAGCUGGAUUUUCUGCUCGUCAUGAUUAUUUGAGUUAUGUCAAAAUUUAGUUCCUGACAAUUUUGAGUUGCUUCCUUUGCUACAGCUACCACACAGUCAAAUUUCCAAUUUUGAGCCGGAACAUUAAGUCCAAAGUUCAAAAUUUCACAAGUGCCAUAUUCAUGAAAUUUGCUCUAUCCCAGAUGGCUGUUGGUGACAAAAACAGUUAAUAUGCUUCAAUUAACAGCAGUCAUCAUGGACAAUGUGACACUGGCAAAACUUUCUAUAGAAAACAUAGUGACAUUUACUCUAACAUAUCAUAUCAUAUUCCUUUUUAUAAAUGGCAAUAUAAAUAUAUUUUUAUGCUCAUUGUAAAUAUAUAUAGCUAUCUAUAUAUAGCUAUCUAUAUAAACAAAAUUUUCCAGUGUAGGAUGCAUAAAGUGAUCUCAUAAA